GUGGGGGGAGGGAGCGCACGACGUGCGCGCGCCCUCUCCCUCGUCCACCGCUGCCGCCUCCUUCUUCUGCCGCUCCUGGAGCUGCUUGUGUGCUCGUUCGGUGCGGACCUGGUACCUCUUUUGUGAAGCGGCAGUGAGGAGACUCCGGCGCUCGCCAUGGCCGACGAAAAGCCCAAGGAAGGAGUCAAGACUGAGAACAACGAUCAUAUUAACUUGAAGGUGGCGGGGCAGGAUGGUUCUGUGGUGCAGUUUAAGAUUAAGAGGCAUACACCACUUAGUAAACUAAUGAAAGCCUAUUGUGAACGACAGGGUUUGUCGAUGAGGCAGAUCAGAUUCCGAUUUGAUGGGCAGCCAAUUAAUGAAACAGACACACCUGCACAGUUGGAAAUGGAGGAUGAAGAUACAAUUGAUGUGUUCCAGCAGCAGACAGGAGGUGUCUACUAAAAAGGGAACCUGCUACUUUACUUCAGAACUCUGUUCCUACAGACCAAGAAUACAUUCUUAAUUAGAAAACUGCAAUUUGGUUCCACCACAUCCUGACUACUACAGUAUAGUUUUCUCUAUUCUUUCAUUUUCCCCUUCCCCAUUCCUUUAUUGUACAUAAAGUAACUGGUGUAUGUGCACAAGCAUAUUGCAUUUUUUUUUUUUUUUAACUAAAUGGCCAAUGAUAUGUUUUGAUUGACAUCAAAUGGAGAUGGGAUGGGGAAAAAUACUGGUUCUGUGAAAUUAUCCCCUUUCUCCAUUAGUGGCAUGCUCAUUCAGCUCUUAUCUUUAUAUUCCAGUAAGUUAUUUUGCUCUCACUGUUUUAACAAAAAACAAAAAACAAAAAAAAAAAAACCUGAACAACAUAAAAAUCCUUGCAUACCUUGUUCGAUUGGAGAAUUUUAAUGUUUUUCAUUUAUCAUUGUAAAACCAAGGACAAUUUUAUAACUUUUUUGUACGUAGCUGUUACAUGUAGGGCAAUCUGUCUUUAAGUAGGGGUAAAUUACUCUUAAAAAAAAAGAUUCCUAGAUAGUUUUCCCUUCAAGUCAAGCGUCUUGUUGUUUAAAUAAACUUCUUGUUUAAAAUGA